AUCACUCCUCUCUGCGCCGCCUCUGCCUUCUCUGCUCCUGAACGCUGAUGUGUUACUAACGAACCCUUAAAGUUUGCAAAAAUGUUCUCUUUCGGACCCAAACUGUUGCUGGUUUUCCUGCUGGCCUUCCCCUGUGGCCUCAUAUCUGUCGGCUGCGUCCAAGCCGAAUCCGACUUCUCUGAGGAAGUUACUGAUGAUGCAGAUGCUCUUGUAGAUGAGGAAGAGGAAGAGGAGGAUGAAGAGAUGCUUGUUGAAGAGGAUCAGCUACAAAACGCGGAAGGAGAUGAAGACGACUCUGAAGCCGCUGAGAAACUUGUGACUUCUCACCCUGAUGCCGACACUACCAUCAUCUUCACCACCGGAGAAGAGUUUCUUGCCAACGAAAUAGUGAAGUUCCUGGUUGGUUUCACAAACAAAGGAAGUCAAACAUUCACUGUCCAGUCGCUGGAGGCCUCCUUCCGAUACCCUCAGGACUUCCAGUUCUUCAUCCAGAACUUCACAGCUCUGCCCCUGAACACUGUAGUCCAGCCGCAGGCUCAGGCCUCCUUUGAGUACUCCUUCAUCCCGGCACAGCCCAUGGCCGGACGCCCUUUUGGUCUGGUCAUCCUCCUCAGCUACCUCGGCUCUGAGGGCGGAGUGUAUCAGACGGCCAUUUACAACCAGACCGUCACCAUCACUGAGCGAGAAGAGGGCCUCGACGGAGAAACAAUGUUCAUGUAUGUGUUCCUGUUCGGACUGGUGGCUCUAAUGCUCUUUGGGAUGUACCAGGUUCUGGAGUCCAGGACGAGAAAAAGGCUCCCUGUUAAAAUAGAGAAAGGCACUGCUGGCCUCAAUGAUGUGGACAUCAGCUGGAUUCCCACGGAGACGCUCAACGCCAUGAACAAAGCUUCUCCUAAAACGUCUCCAAAGAAACGAGCCAAACGGGCAGCUGGAGCUGAUCAGUAACUGUUGAUCGUUUUCUGUCCAUCAUGUCACUCAUUAGACACUCGAAUGGUCCUCUCUGAUUUGCUUUUUACAAAGUUGCCGGUUGUUUUUAUGAUUCAAAUAUUGGUCAGAGUGAGGAUUUGUGGAUGUCUGUUGAAAGUUCUGCCUCUAAGUGUGAAGAGCAUCUCUGUGCUAUCUUUAAACCACUUAAACACAGGACUUGAGUCUAAACCUUUUUAUUUUGAAUUGGGGUCAGAACUAGUUUGAACAGUAUUAUAGCAGUCAUAAAAGUCUGAAUUAAACACUACUUUCACAUAAAUAAUCAGGAAAACGGAUUAUGUGACUUUAGUCUCCUUUCUCCGUCACUUGGAUGCCGUCAUCAGGCUGCUUUGUUUUUGUGAAGUUCUACCAGAACAUGAUAUGAAAAUAAACCACAGGCCUUCUGUUGUAUGGGGUGUUUCCAAAGGAGCUUUUUAUUUUUAUUUUGUAAUAAUACAGAUGGCUGAAACAAAAUAAAAAUAUACAAAAGUCAAA